CUUAGUUUCAACUCAGAGCGUGUGGCGAGCGGUCGGUUCGCUUUGGUGAUAUUUUGUUCGAAAAGAAAAAUUCAGAGACACGUUUUUCCGUAACGCAAAGUUCCCGAAGAUGCCUCUCCAUCGAACUCUAUAAAACCACGUGUGUUCCUACAGCUUAUCUUUGGAUAUAUUGAUAUAGUGUAUGUGUUGUUCCACCCUUCAGGGCAGAGUGUGUGUGAAUAAGUGAGCAUUGAAAGCGGCGGAAAAAAAACAACAGAAAAACCAUGUGGACUGAACCGAACUGAACUGUAUACGAAGCUCCACGCUGGCACAGAGAGAACGCUGAUAAAAAAUAUACAACAAACUCAAGACAAAACCAAUGUUUAAACCAAGAUAAAAUAUAAAAAAAUAAAUAAAAAUUCAGAGAAGCAAAUCUGUAAAGUGAGAACCUUGAAAGGAGAGCCAGGAUCAACCUAAAUAUCACCAAAAAUAAAAACACAAAAAGUGCCCAAAUAUCAAAGCUACAAGCAAUGAACUUAACUAAAAACCUGUAUCAAUAAAUAAACAAUAAAAAAUAUAUUAAAAUAAAUACCAGAUCCUUGAUCCUCGCUCAACAAUAUCCCAAAAAUAUGGCUCGCGUUCAGGCCAGCGACUCCCUGAUUCCCCGCCAGGUCUUUGAGGUUCCGCCGGCGGAGCCCAACAACUCCACGGCAGACAGCGGCAGCCAGGGUUCCGGUGUCAAACUGAAGAAACAGAUUGGCCUUCUGGAUGGAGUGGCCAUCAUUGUUGGCGUCAUCGUGGGCUCCGGCAUCUUUGUCAGCCCCAAGGGUGUCCUCAAAUUCUCUGGUUCUAUUGGUCAAUCGCUCAUCGUCUGGGUCCUCUGCGGUGUCCUCAGCAUGGUGGGCGCCCUUUGCUACGCGGAACUGGGUACAAUGAUCCCGAAGUCCGGAGGAGAUUACGCCUAUAUUGGCAUUGCAUUUGGUCCCCUGCCUGCCUUCCUCUAUCUGUGGGUGGCCCUGCUGAUCCUGGUGCCCACGGGUAAUGCCAUCACUGCCCUGACCUUUGCCCAGUAUCUGCUGAAACCCUUCUGGCCCUCCUGCGAGGCGCCCAUCGAAGCAGUUCAGCUGCUGGCGGCUGCCAUGAUAUGUGUGCUGACCGUUAUCAACUGCUACAACGUCAAGUGGGUGACACGUGUGACGGACAUUUUCACCGGCACCAAGGUGCUUGCCCUGCUGGUGAUUGUCGGUGCCGGUGUCUGGUGGCUGCUGGAUGGGAAUACAGAGCACUGGGAUCAACCAUUUUCCGGAAGUCUGCAGACACCUGGUUACAUUGCUUUAGCCUUCUACAGCGGUCUGUUUUCGUACUCCGGCUGGAAUUACCUGAACUUUGUGACCGAGGAACUAAAGGAUCCAUACCGGAAUCUACCCAAAGCCAUCUGCAUCUCCAUGCCUGUGGUUACAAUUAUUUACAUGAUCACAAAUAUAGGUUACUUUUCGGUGCUGUCGCCGGAUGAGAUUCUGUCUUCGGAUGCAGUGGCUGUCACCUUUGGCGACAAGAUGCUGGGCUACCUUUCCUGGAUAAUGCCCUUUGCCGUGGCUUGCUCCACCUUUGGUUCCCUGAAUGGAGCGAUCUUUGCCUCCUCGCGACUAUUUUUUGUAGGAGCAAGGAACGGACAUUUGCCGGCGGCCAUUUCACUGAUUAAUGUCAAUUGCCUGACGCCAGUGCCGUCGCUGAUAUUCCUGGGCGUGAUCACUCUGCUCCUCCUGUUCAUCAAGGACAUCUAUGUGCUAAUCAAUUAUGUGAGCUACGUGGAGGCCCUGUUCACGCUCAUCUCGGUGUCCGGGCUACUGUGGCUGCGCUACAAACAGCCCAAGACGGAGAGGCCCAUCAAGGUUAGCCUGGCACUGCCCAUUAUCUACCUGAUUGUCUGCCUGUUCCUGGUGAUCUCCUCCUGCUCGCAGUCCCCCUAUGAGGUGGGCAUCGGCACGAUUAUCAUCUUGUCCGGCAUUCCAGUCUACUAUCUGACCAUCCACAACCCGGUCAAGUGGCUGGCGGACACCUCACAGGCAAUUAACCUGUGGUGCUCCAAGUUUUUCAUCUGUAUGCCCAACCAGGAGAAGUUCGACUAGGACCCAGCAGGGACUCGUGAGAUAGAGGAGUGCCUUCUGCGGAUGCCUCGAUCAAUGCAGUCGUCGAGGGGAAUACCUUGUAGUUAGCCUAAGUCUCAAUUUACAAAUAAGAUAGGCUUAGCAAUUGAAAUUCGAAAAAACCUACGCACAACAUUACAAAAGUGUUAUUGUAAAUAACUCAAAUGCAUUCUGGCGGGAAGAGAACAACUCCCUGCUUAACUUUUAUUAUUAAUAUUUGCUUUUAUAUUACAAUUGUUGUAUAUUUCACCCAAGAAAGAGUUCCUCGUCAGCAACACAGCAGCAACAAAAGAAGAGAAGACACAUGUCUAGUAUACAAAAUUGCGAACCAAUUUUUACACAUUAUACACGUAACUAGGAGCUAAUUUAGUAAGUAAUAAUUAUUAUUGAAGCAACUUUUGCGGAAUGUAUAAAUCGAAUUUGUUUUGUAUAAGAAACGUUAAUAAUAAACCAACUAAAUAUAGCAA